AUGGCAGCUGAGAACCAGACCCAGGUGACAGCGUUCACGCUGCUGAGCUUCGCCCACGGCCAGCCUUUCCUCUUUGUCCUUUUCCUGGCCAUGUACCUGGCCACGCUGCUGGGCAACUCCACCAUCCUCACGCUGGUGUGCCUGGACCCCCGCCUCCACAGCCCCAUGUACUUCUUCCUCAGCCACCUCUCUUGCUUGGACAUCUGCUACUCGUCGGUGACGGUGCCCAAGAUCCUGGCCAACAGCCUGCGCCCGCAGGCCACCAUCUCCUACGGCGGGUGCCUGGCCCAGAUGUUCUUCCUGAUGUGGUGUGCCGGGACCGAGUGCGUCCUGCUGGCCCUCAUGGCCUACGACCGCUACGCCGCCAUCUGCCAGCCCCUGCGCUACGCCCACGCCAUGCGCCGCGGGCUCUGCGUGGCGGCGGCCGCCGCCUGCUGGCUCUGGGGGCUGCUGGACUCGGCCCUGCACACCUUGCUGGCCUCCAGGCUCUCCUUCUGCGGGGCCGCCCGGCUGCAGCACAUCUUCUGCGACGCGCCGCCGCUGCUGCGGGCAGCCUGCGGCGACACGCGGCCCAGCCGGCUGGCCCUGCACGCCGCCAGCGUCUUCGUGGGGCUCAGCCCCUUCCUGCUGGUCCUCGUCUCCUACCUCCGCAUCCUGCUGGCCGUCCUCAGGAUGCCCACGGCCACCAGCCGGCGCAAGGCGUUCUCCACCUGCGCCACCCACCUGCUGGUGGUGGCCCUCUACUUCGUGACGGCCAACCUCAACUACAACCGGGCCAGCUCCGGCCCCUCGCUGGUGGCCGACACGCUGGUGUCUGUGCUCUACUGCGUUGUCACCCCCAUGCUGAACCCCCUCAUCUACAGCCUGCGCAACCAGGAGGUGCGGGGGGCCCUGCGGAAAGCUGUGCGGGGCCGGGGCAGGGUGGGCUCCUAG